GCUUCCGCGGUGGCCGGAGCUGAGCGGGGCGGGGGGGAGCGCUCUGUGCCGGCCCUCGGUGCCGGCCCUCGGGGCCCGCCGCAGCGAUGGACGUGACCGGGCCCGAGACCGACUGGCGCAGCACCAACUUCCGGCAGAAGCUCGUCAGCCAGAUUGAUGAAGCUAUGAGGAAAGCUGGUGUUGCCCAUAAUAAAUCCAGCAAAGAUAUGGAGAGUCAUGUGUUUAUGAAGGCCAAAACAAGGGAGGAAUAUCUUUCUCUUGUGGCCAGACUUAUUAUCCAUUUUCGAGACAUCCACAACAAGAAAUCUCAAGCCUCAGUCAGUGAUCCCAUGAACGCCCUGCAGAAUCUAACUGGGGGUCCCACAGCAGGGGCGCCGGGGAUGGGCAUGGCUUCCCGAGCUCAAGGAGCUCCCAUGAGUGGGAUGAGUGGCCUUGGUCCAAUGGGACAACAGAUGAGUCUCCCAGGGCAGCAGCAGCCUCCUGGAACCUCGGGAAUGGCCCCUCAUGGUAUGCCUGGUGUCUCUACAACUACUCAGCAGAACCAACUUCAGCUCCAGCAGAUUGCCCAGCAGCAACAGCAGCAGCAGCAGCAGCAGUUCCAGCAGCAGCAGGUGGCUUUGCAGCAGCAGCAGUUCCAGGCCCAGCAGUCAGCCAUGCAGCAGCAGUUCCAGGUCCAGCAGCAGCAGGCAGCGGCUGCUGCAGUGGCGCAGCAGCAGCAGCAGCAGUUGCAAGCUGUCCAGCAGCAGCAGCAGCACAUGCUGAAACUGCAGAUGCAGCAGCAGCAAAACCAACAGCAGCAGCAACAGCAGCAGCAACAACUACAGCGGAUUGCCCAAAUGCAGCAGCUGCAGGCACAGGCUAUGCAGGCACAGCAGCAGCAGCAACAGCAGCAGCAGCAGCAACAAAUACCACAACAACAGAUACAGCAGCAGCCACCUCAACAAGUCAUGCAACAGCAGAUGCAACAGAUGCAGCAGCAGCAACAACAGCAGCAACAGCAGCAGCAGCAACAACAACAGGUUGCUCAGGCACAACAGUCUCAACUUCCACCACAAUCCCAGCCUCAGCCCCAGCCCAUGGUGUCUCAGCCACAGGCAAUCUCGGGACAAAUUCCCGGUCAGGUUAUGCCUGUUACUCUUACGCCACAGCAGUUAAAAGCCAUGCAGGUAAGAGCUCAGCUGGUGCAGCAGCAGCAGCAGGCAGCAGCAGCAGUGCAAGCAGCUCAGGCCCAGGCUGCUCAGAUGGGAGCUUCAGGGCAGAUGAUCACCGCACCUAUGGCCCGAGGUGGGAUGCAAAUCAGACCACGGUUCCCGCCUACCACCGCUGUGUCUGCUACAGCACCAAGCUCCAUUCCCUUGGGCGGACAGCAAAUGCCACAGGUCAGCCAGAACAAUAUUACCAUGAUGUCAUCCCCAUCUCCUGUCCAGCAAGCUCAAACACCCCAGUCAAUGCCUCCUCCACCACAGCCACAGCCAUCGCCUCAGCCAGGCCAGCCAACUUCUCAGCCAAAUUCAAAUGUCAGCUCUGGCCCUGCUCCCUCACCCAGCAGCUUUCUCCCCAGUCCAUCUCCACAACCAUCCCAGAGCCCGGCAGCUGCACGAACACCUCAGAACUUCAGUGUCCCAUCCCCAGGUCCUCUAAACACUCCAGGAAAUCCAAAUUCUGUCAUGAGUCCAGCCAGUUCUGGUCAGUCAGAGGAGCAGCAGUAUCUGGAAAAACUCAAACAGCUGUCAAAGUACAUCGAGCCGCUCCGGAGGAUGAUCAAUAAAAUAGAUAAAAACGAAGACAGGAAGAAGGACCUGAGUAAAAUGAAGAGUCUCUUGGAUAUCCUGACUGACCCUUCAAAACGGUGCCCCCUGAAGACACUGCAGAAAUGCGAAAUUGCUCUAGAGAAGCUGAAAAAUGAUAUGGCUGUGCCUACUCCACCACCUCCACCAGUGCCCCCAACCAAACAGCAGUACUUGUGUCAACCACUUCUGGACGCUGUUCUGGCCAACAUCCGUUCCCCCGUGUUCAACCAUUCCCUGUACCGAACAUUCAUGCCGGCCAUGACUGCGAUUCAUGGACCACCCAUCACGGCCCCAGUUGCUUCCCCUCGAAAACGGAAAUAUGAAGAGGAUGAAAGGCAGACCAUUCCAAAUGUCUUGCAAGGAGAAGUUGCAAGAUUAAAUCCUAAGUUCCUGGUAAACCUGGACCCUUCCCACUGCAGCAAUAAUGGCACAGUUCAUCUCAUAUGCAAGCUAGAUGACAAGAAUCUUCCCAAUGUCCCACCACUCCAGCUCAGCGUUCCAGCGGAUUAUCCAGAUCAGAGCCCUCUGUGGAUAAAGAAUCCCAGACAGUAUGCAGCCAACCCCUUUUUGCAGUCAGUGUAUCGAUACAUGACUUCAAAACUCUUGCAGCUUCCAGACAAGCAUUCAGUCACCGCACUCUUGAACACCUGGGCACAAAGCAUUCGCCAGGCCUGCCUCUCUGCUGCAUAACAGCUCACUUUCUAAAGCAUGGAGCAAGAAAGAAGGUCUCAACAGCUGGCCUCUUCCACAUGCCACUGGAAAACCACAGUUUGGGGAGGUUACUUCAGAAGAAAAGAAGCCUUAUGUUGUUUUGUUUCUAGGUGUCAGGUUCAAUAGAGAGCCUGAUGUUAGACUUAGCCUUCAUGCUUUUUAUCUUCUGCCUCGGUGGACUUUUGCCAGCAUUUUCAAAUAUACAAAAUGUGUAUAUAUGGUUCUUGAGACUGUAUUUCAGAUGAGUUUUUAUUGUCUUCUUAGAGAAGAAAUUAUUUGUGGACUUCCAUCAGGGAGUCUGGUAUAAGAGGGAGUAGGGAGAAAAUGUCCUAAUUUGCUUCAAAGUUUGCUCGGUGCCAGUAUUCCUUUCACACUGUAUGUUUUGUGACCUGAUACUGCCCCAGAAAUAAAUUAGCUCCAACUAGAAUGUGCUUGCAAACUUCUCAGUGGUUGUAGGAAUCGUUUUGCCUUUUAGCUUUGCCCAGAGAUGGGAUAAAUUACAGGGAGGCAUCCCUCAAAUAUGUGAGAUGAAUCUGGAUUACACCUGGGGGUGGGAACUUGAAACCAAAUAGAGCAAAAAAAAGUAUUUUGUAGCUCAUUUUAAAUGCAACUUUGUAUAAACGGUUUUUGGUUAGCAUGGACCAGGUUUGUCACUCCAAAAGAGUGAGGCUGAUGAGGAGAGAGAUACUAAUGUGCACACUGACUUCCUCUCUGAAUUCAGUAAAUGUGUAUGUAAAGGUGGGGAGGGAAAAACCAACAGUAUAAAGGCCAAGUGACACCAGUCAAUCCAGCGGGCUCAUAGCUACAUUUCUUCUUUUAUUAAGAGUCUUUCUGGCUUCCCUUGGGAGUUGAUGCACUGCAGUGAAAAUGCUUCUAUGCAUCAGUUUGUUUAAACAGAAAAGGCAAAAACCAACAGCUCAGGAGUAGAACUGACAAUUAGCACAUUGUGUCUUGAGCAACGAUGGGCACUCAAGUCAGUCAUCAGCUGCCUUAUUGUUGGGCACUUCUAAUGAAAACAUUUGCCACAAGUAACUCUAAUUUCAUGCAUUUUUCAUAUUUCCCCCAUGCUUAUAAAUUGCUCUCUCUUGAUUUCCUGGUGCAGAAUUUCAAAUGUCAGAUGAUCCCAUUAUAUCCUGCCCCAUCUCUCUGUAUUGUGCAGCAAACCUUGAAGAGUAGCUGGGCUCUCUUACCGUAGUGUCAAGAAAUUGCUAUGACCUCCAUAAAUCUGUGUGGUGUCAUCAGUUUUAGGAUGUUUUUAAAUGUGGGUACUUAGUAAGCACUGACUGAGGCAGGAGAAUGCUAUCAGUAUUUUGUACAUGAACUAAUGCAUUAUCUGUUUGUUUCUAUUGUAAUAAAUUUAUUAUUAUUCCUGUGUUAGACAUUAUACUGCUCUUCCCAUGUUAGAUUCCAGUUUUGUUGUGCCACUGGAUGAUGGUAACUGUGUUCUGUGGUAAGUGAAAAUUCACAGGCUUUGCAGGUUAAGGGACAAAAUCAUAAAUGGCUUUGUGUCCUAUGCAACAUUAUCCUUACUGUCCUGUGAGUGAACUGGAAGAUCUGAUCAAAAGGUUAGUAAUGGUAUCUACAAAUGACAGAUGUAGUUUUUUAACCUGUAAAAUAGAGAGAAAUUAUGACCCAAGUCCUGUGACCACAGAGCAGAUUAUGGAAGUAGUGGGGAGUUUAAGCAAACAAGUUAACAAAACCAAGGCCCUCAUGUAUCAAAUGCUCAAAUCAACGCAGCAGGACAAUUAUCUACAGCAGGACAAGGUAAGUAGGAAGUAUCUUCUCUUAUGCUGGUGUGGAAUGUGGUGAGAUGCAACCCUUGAGCAGCUCUAAGGCUGAAGUACAUUGAUGGAUUUGUUAGUAAAAAAUGGUUAUUGCAGGCUUACUUUCAUUGUACUGAAUGCUCUGGUUCCUACAGCAUCAUUUUCGAUGUUUAUUUACAUUAGCUUAUAGGUGUUUUCUUGCUGAACCUCAUUUUGCUUUGAUUAGCCUCUUUCUUGGUUGCACUGAUGUGGCAUAUUCUUUAGUGAGCACAAAAUGGUUGGUAUUUUCCUGACUGAGAUGCCUUUGGAAGCUGAUCUUUAGAUGAAGAUGUUUUGAAAUCACCAAAUAGACUCUGAAAAUGUGCUUUUUAUGUAGUGCCCUGGGUUGUGCCACUCUGUUAAUGAGACCCCCACCCUGCUGGGCAGGGCUGGAGCUGAGCUCCGUGCGUGUUUGAGCUGCAGUCAGAUGCUGCUGUGAAUGUUACGAUGCACGUGUGUGGGGGCUCUCAUGUUUUCAGUAAAUGUUUUCUCUCUUUAUCUCA